AUGCGCGUUGGUACUGUUAUCGACGAUCGGACAUGCAUCGUGGUGUUUGGCAAGGACAUGGGCGCCUUGAGCCAUGAAUUCAAUCCAGCAAUCAAGAUCCAUAUCAGACCGAACAGGGUCAGUUGCCGAAAGAGCGUCACACACGGGAACCAUCAGGCUGACUACACCACCCUAUUCCCUGCCCUCAAAGACCAGGCUGUCCCUGGAGACGUGGAUGAUGGUUCUGAUGCAGGAGAGUUCAUUGUUGAUAUGCCAAAUCAGAGCCUCAACGACCUUCUCACCGACGUCUGGCACCAAUCCUUUUCAGACAUCCUCCAAAAGGCCUCCUGUCCGAAGGGACAGGGCCUUCUUGCCUCCUAUGUUUGCCUUACCGAGGGUGAACGAGUCCAUGUCGAUCUGAACUGGUUCAAAGAAUUUGACUUGGCACCAAUCCUACGCUGUGCAUAUUGGAAGCAGGCUACUGCAGCUCAAUGCUCCCUCCUAGCACCCAAGGAUGGUCUCAUUGCCAGUAUUACUCCUGAUGGAGAGCACUCCUAA